AUGAGUAUGCCUUACAACUAUAACGGUAGCAAAUCCAUGAAUGGCUUGGAAAGCUCGUUCGAGAGCCAAGAAAAGAACAGAAGGAUACCCUUUUCCCCAAGCCCCCAGAACUAUCCCAUCGGCACCCCAUCCCCUCCACUCACGUCGCUCUCUAACCGUAUGAUGGGAAACAACAUCAUACCUUCACCGUUAACGCUUCCUCACCUGCAAAGCUUGAGAGUUGGUCAGAACCAUGCGCUAGGAACACUGCAAGACCAGUCUCAGCAUACUCGUCGGUCAAUGCACCAUCAACAGCAGCCUCACCAUGCCCACCAUACCAAACAGGAGCAGAUGAUCAACAAUGAGCGUGGGCAUCAGAAACUACCUCAGCAGGAGAGUAUCCACGGACAACGAAGAAGACUGAAGGAGCAACAUACUCCGAUGGUGUCUCAGUCAGAUUACGCUCAACACGCUCGUCACUCUCAUCAGCAGGUCCAGCAAAAUCAGCAACACCAACCCGUCCGGAAUAAUAACGGUGCAAUUCCACAUUAUGCCAAUCCUCAGUUGUUCAGCAAACAAGGGCCUCAGCAAUACCAGGAGCGGAUGUUCCAGUCCAACCCUGCGUUCGAAUAUGGCCAUUACCAACUGAUGCAAUCACUUAGCCAACCACUUGACCAACAACAAGAGUUUAAUCACUAUUCCCAACAGCUGCAACAGCAGCAGCAGCAACAACAGCAACAACAACAACAACAACAACAGCAGCAGCAGCAGCAGCAGCCCCAUAGGUCACUGCAACUGCAGAAGCAACAGGCUCAUUUGCCUCAAUCCAAACAGAUCCAAAAUUUGAUGGCUCCCAACGAGCAGGCAGCUUCUGGAAAGAGCAACCAAGAUCAAAGUGUUGAAAGCAUUAAUGGACUGAGUGAUCACAAAAUCACAAUUGUUACCAAAUUUGUACCGGCUACGGAGGAGGAUGGAUCCAAGAAAAAGAGGGGCCGUCCAAAGAAGUAUAUCUUGGAUCCCUCUACUAAUGAAUUCAUCGAUUCUAAUCACAAGAACUACAAGCAGCUCAACAAGUUACUCAAAGAGAGCACUAGAACAUCGCUGGAAAAUGUUGGUGAUACCGAAAAACACGUUGGUAUCGUGAAGGGGACUUCUCUCAAGUCUCUCAACGACUUGGCUGUGCAGCAACUCUUGGAGAAGAAGGACAAAAGAGGUCGUCCGAGAAAAUUCCCCAUCGAGAAGACGGGACUCACAAUCCGAGGUGUUCGUGUGAGUGGUACCGGUCGUGCCAGUACAACUCAAAAGGUACAGCUGCCAGUUGUAGCCGUGGAUGACAAAGUGAACAAAAAGAGGAGAGGGAGGCCAAAGCGAGAAGGAAACGAAGAUGCAGUUGUUCAUUAA